AUGGGUUUGAAGUCCGUGGCUCUUCUAAGCUUGGCCUGCGACGUGCUUGCUAUCGCUGUACCAAGAGAAGCCGUUCCAUGUACUUUUUCUCUGACGGCAGUUGGCAUGGAGAAUGGCAGUAUCAGGCAAGACACAAUCGGUCAACCCCGAAUCGGUGGCAUGUAUCCUAAGAACACCUACAUUAUCGAAAAUGGUUCGCUCAAGGACUCACGCGGGCACACAUGCAUUAUUGCUGAAGGAUCAUCACAACUCCAGUGCACUGCAGGACUUCCAAAUAAUACGCCUUUCUCUUUGUCCGACAACAACUAUGUCGAACAUGACCGCAACUCAAAUUGGCUGGCAUGCCCAGCAGACGGCCCCAGCAAUGAUGGCAGCAGCAUUAUUUUUAGUGAUGCAAAGCAAGAUAAAACUGGGUGUUAUGCCGUGGAAAUACUCGCUGGAGGCUUCGCAUGCGCUGCACUUGGCCGUCCUUCCAGUCCUGGAGUAUCUUCUACGUCUUCGGUGGACUCACCGGGAUCGACAACCACAAUCCAGGGCCAAAUAACGACCCACACUACCGUCACAGUCACAACAGCACCAUACCCGACCGUCGAGACAGUGGUGCGGGCUGAAGCAUCAUGCCCUAAUGAUAUUCGUUCUGGCAUAUUUCAGUAUCCACAUCUUAUCGUCCCAACGUCCCCUCAGAGUCCUGAUCACGCCUUUGGAAAUAGUUAUAAGGCUUAUAUCUCCCCCACCAACACCACUUUAUUCAAUUUUGAUAUUCCAGACCAAGCUCCGUAUCUUGGUACGUGUGGUUUGGUCUUCCAAUUCCCAUACCGGUCUCAGCUCGCUUGGCACAAUGAGCCAACCUUUUACUUCUCUGGGCUUGAGCAGGAGGUUGGUUCAAAUGGCGGUCUAAACUUUGCUCUUCUCUCGGGAGUUGCGGAUUCCAGCACUACUUACAAUGAUAUCGCCCCAGUUGAUACAAAUUACGGCAAGACAAAGAUUGUACCUGGCAACAAUUACACGAUUGCAACUUUUCCUUGCAGAGCUGGAACUUUCACCUAUGAAGUUUCAAGCGUUGGUGGGGUUGAAUUUAAUUUCUACCAAGACUCGCGACCGUAUGCCGUGGGGUUGUAUAUUGUUCCGUGCUCGUGA